AUGUCUAAAAUAGACGAAUUAUUCGACAAAAAGAAAGAUGAGGCUCCUAUGUUGGACUUGUCUAAAACUGUGAUAAACACUGCUGAAGAAUAUAGAGCAGUUUUAGAUAAAGUGCCAGACUUUAAAACUCGGCCGGAGAAGGUGAGAUCAGAAGACGUAAAAAUAAAAGAUGAUAAUAAAACCAAGACACCACGAAAGGAAAUAAAAGCCUACGAAACAUUAGGAACGAGAGGAUACGAAGAAAAACAUUUCACAUUCAUGGACCCAAUACCAGUGGAAAUGAAAGGCCUGAAGUUUGAGGAGCUGUGUAUUGUUCCUAUUGAAUGGCGAAUGCUUACUUCUAUCAGACCUAAGUUAAAGUUGGAUGAAGAAUAUUUUAACAGAUUAAUAGAACUUGGCAAGUCCGAGCUCAAAACUAAAGCAAAAGACAAAAGGGAGUACGCUAAGAACGCUAUGUUCCGAAAAACUAAAAACCGUUCAGGAGUCACUGAAACUAGAAUCAUAUCUUGUGCUGAGUGCGGCGAAGAAUACUGCAACGGGAAAAUGUGCGCUAUAACCAACUACGAUAUGUUCACUCGUUUGCAAGUGGAAGUUGAAACAAAGUCCUCGAAGGCUCAGGCAGCGCCCGCUCAAGUCGGCGGCAAAAUGAAGAAAAUGCGACGACGUGCGAAGCGUAAACCAAGGAGUAAAAGUGCUGCACCGGAACUGAAUAAAGCACAGAGGAAUAAGUCUGGGGCUAAGAGUGAUUCUGAGAUUUAAAUAUCAUUCAUCUUCCUUCUCCGUUUAUUCCGCAAACUUCGUCUAUUUUUAUCUGUAAAUGAUCCGGAAUUUCGAUUUAAAGGGAGAAUAACUCGCAUUAACACUUUCUCUCCCUCCGGGAUCUAGUUCAUUUUAUCGUAUCUUGAAACUGCCUUUUGUGAUGCCAACAACGUACCUACGCACAUAAAUUGGUAAUUGCGAUAUAUAGACAAUGCCUGCAAUAUUUUGGCGUACAAAACAAUUUCCCAAAUGGUAUUCAGAAUAAUGUGCCUUAACUUAACCACUCGCUUUAAGCUAGUGUCGCCUAUAAUGAAGGACCCUCCUCUCGUUCGGGUCGACCAAAUGAAUGACCAAUUCCUCUCAAACUCGCUCUAUGUCAUAACUUAAAAUUUCCUAAAUAUUAUUAACAUUAUCUUCCAAAUAUUCACUCAAUAACUUUUUAAAUAUUCAAUGUGGUAGAUCAUAAGGUGACUGACUGGUAGUUAUGACUAUUUUAUGCAGAUUUAAUAUUCUUCACGUACCCUAGUCGAUAUGAAUCACUGUUUUAUAUUCUCAUUCAAAUAAAACUUAGAUGCUAGUAUUAAUAUUGUAUACUAAUUUACAUACGAGUAAUGUGAAUCUCAUUUUUGUACUGGUAAUUUUAUUAUAUUGUGAA